AUGUCAGUUUCUGCUAUUGUGCCUAGCCGGAAGAGACUUGCAGAAGGCUUGAGUGUCACUCAGAAAGUAUUUGUGAGGUCCCGUAAUGGAGGUGCUACUAAGAUUGUACGAGAACACUAUUUGAGAUCGGACAUCCCAUGUCUUUCGAGGAGUUGUACUAAGUGUCCCCAAAUUGUCGUACCCGAUGCUCAAAACGAGCUUCCCAAGUUUAUCUUGUCAGAUUCUCCCUUAGAAUUAGCUGCACCAAUCGGAAAGCACUAUAUCGUGCUGGAUACCAACGUGGUUUUGCAAGCCAUUGAUCUUUUGGAAAAUCCAAACUGUUUCUCUGACGUCAUUAUUCCGCAGAUUGUCUUGGAUGAAGUAAGGAAUAAGUCGUACCCGGUGUACACGAGGUUGAGAACUUUAUGCAGGGAUAGUGAUGAUCAUAAGAGAUUCAUUGUGUUUCAUAAUGAAUUUAGUGAAGACACCUUCGUGGAAAGACUCCCAAAUGAAACUAUCAAUGAUAGAAACGAUAGAGCUAUCAGGAAAACCUGUCAAUGGUACAGUGAGCACUUGAAACCUUAUGAUAUAAAGGUUGUUCUUGUUACUAACGACCGUUUGAAUAGAGAAGCUGCCACUAAAGAAGCGGAUUCCAAUAUAAUAACUAAGAGUUUGGUACAGUAUGUCGAGCUAUUGCCGAAUGCGGACGACAUUAGAGAUUCUAUUCCACAGGUGGACUCUUUUGACAAAGAUCUUGAAAAGGAUACAUUUUCAGAUUUCUCGUUUCCAGAGUACUAUUCUACGGCAAGAGUAAUGGGUGGUUUGAAAAACGGUGUUUUGUACCAAGGCACUAUUCAAAUAUCGGAGUACAAUUUUCUAGAAGGUUCGGUAAGUUUACCAAGAUUCUCCAAACCAGUGCUGAUCGUAGGCCAGAUAAACCUUAAUAGAGCAUUCAACGGUGACCAAGUCAUAGUAGAACUACUGCCUCAGUCGGAAUGGAAAGCACCCUCGUCCAUUGUCUUGGACUCCGAGCAUUUUGACAUUAAUGAUAAUCCUGAUAUUGAAGCGGGCGAUGAGGAUGACAAUAAUGGGUCUUCUUCCAACGCUACCAUAAUUUCCGAUAAGCAACGUAGGUUACUAGCUAAAGAUGCCAUGAUAGCUCAAAGAUCGAAGAAAGUUCAGCCCACAGCAAAGGUGGUAUACAUACAGAGAAGAUCCUGGAGGCAAUACGUGGGUCAACUGGCCCCGAGUUCCGUUGAUUUGCAAAGCAGUAGUACUCAAAAUGUCUUUGUUAUUUUGAUGGAUAAAUGUUUGCCAAAAGUAAGAAUCAGAACAAGACGUGCUGCUGAACUCAUUGAUAAGAGAAUUGUUAUCUCCAUUGAUUCAUGGCCCACCACUCAUAAAUAUCCAUUGGGUCACUUCGUUAGAGACCUGGGUACAAUUGAAUCAGCCCAAGCUGAAACAGAAGCUUUGCUGUUGGAACAUGAUGUCGAGUAUAGGCCUUUUUCCAAAAAGGUCUUGGAAUGCUUGCCAGCAGAAGGUCAUGAUUGGAAAGCUCCAACGAAGUUGGAUGAUCCGGAAGCUGUUGCAAAGGAUACAUUAUUGACAAAGAGAAAAGAUCUAAGGGAUAAACUGAUAUGUAGUAUCGAUCCUCCCGGAUGUGUUGAUAUUGAUGAUGCCCUACAUGCGAAAAGACUUCCAAAUGGUAACUGGGAAGUUGGUGUUCAUAUUGCCGAUGUUACUCAUUUUGUCAAACCUGGGACUGCCCUAGAUGCAGAAGGUGCGGCAAGAGGUACCUCUGUCUAUUUGGUCGACAAGCGUAUUGAUAUGUUGCCCAUGCUUCUAGGUACCGAUUUGUGUUCUUUGAAACCAUACGUUGAUAGAUUUGCAUUUUCAGUCAUAUGGGAAUUGGAUGAAAAUGCGAAUAUCGUGAAUGUUGAUUUUAUGAAAUCAGUUAUUAGAUCUAGAGAAGCUUUCUCAUAUGAGCAAGCACAAUUAAGGAUAGAUGAUAUAAACCAAAAUGAUGAGUUAACACUGGGUAUGAGAGCUCUCUUGCAACUCUCUGUAAAAUUGAAGCAAAAGAGACUGGAAGCCGGUGCCUUGAAUUUAGCUUCUCCUGAAGUGAAAGUCCAUAUGGAUAGCGAAACCUCGGAUCCAAACGAAGUUGAAAUCAAAAAAUUGCUAGCGACAAACUCCCUAGUUGAAGAAUUUAUGUUGUUGGCCAACAUAUCUGUGGCAAGAAAGAUAUACGAUGCCUUCCCUCAAACCGCAAUGUUAAGAAGGCACGCAGCUCCACCAUCUACUAAUUUUGAAACUUUGAAUGAAAUGCUAAAUACAAGAAAAAACAUGUCAAUUUCAUUGGAAUCGUCCAAAGCACUAGCAGAUUCUUUGGAUAGGUGUGUGGAUCCGGAAGAUCCAUACUUUAACACUCUAGUUCGUAUCAUGUCAACACGUUGUAUGAUGGCGGCCCAAUAUUUCUAUUCUGGAGCAUACUCCUAUCCCGAUUUCAGACACUACGGUUUAGCUGUUGAUAUCUAUACACAUUUCACAUCGCCUAUUAGACGUUACUGUGAUGUUGUGGCACACAGGCAAUUAGCCGGUGCUAUUGGGUAUGAACCCCUAAGCUUGACACACCGUGACAAGAAUAAAAUGGAUAUGAUCUGCAGAAAUAUUAAUAGAAAACACAGGAACGCUCAAUUCGCUGGCAGAGCAAGUAUAGAAUACUACGUGGGCCAAGUCAUGAGGAACAACGAGUCCACAGAAACAGGUUAUGUUAUUAAGGUGUUUAACAAUGGUAUAGUUGUGUUGGUCCCCAAAUUUGGUGUAGAAGGAUUAAUAAGGUUGGAUAAUUUAACCAAGGAUCCAAAUUCUGCCAUUUUCGAUGAAGUUGAAUACAAAUUGACCUUUGUUCCUACAGAUUCAGAAAAGUCAAGAGAUGUUUACGUUUUUGAUAAGGUCGAAGUACAAGUGAGGUCAGUAAUGGACCCCAUCACUAGUAAGAGAAAAGCAGAAUUACUGCUGAAGUAG